AUGCGAGAAAAAAACUAUAGUAAUAAAACAUUUUCUAAUAAUAAUGUAAACUACUUAAAGUUCCCGAACAAACUGCAAAGAUAUUCUCGAUUCUUAAACAACAAAAAAUUUGAUAGAAGCCCAUCAAAAAACUCUAAAUUCAGAUAUGCAGAGAGAAGUCCGCCUCGUCUCGUCGACGACCACAUGAACAACUUGACAAAUAGGAAGGAAAACGUUAACAAUUAUAUACCAGAAGAAAAUAAGAAUACUCAAGAGCUACAAACGGACGACCUGGAAAACGGCGUCAGAACGAAAUUGACAAAGAGUAGUUUAAAAAAACUACAAAAAGAAGUAUUCGACAAAGAACUCAAUAACAUUGCCUGCCACCAUGGCCUUUGCAGUACCAAAAAUAGAAAAGAUAUCAAAUAUUCACGACUCUGGUUUCUGUUCGAGUUAGAAAUGAGCGAAGAUUGGAAAGAAAACCUUCGGCUCAGCUGUUAUAAUAAAUACGUGUAUUCUGCAAUUGAUGAAUCUUGGAAAAUGGAAAAUAUACUAUUAAAGGAACAAGAAAAGUGUUAUGAGUAUUUUCCUAUACAGCAAUUACUUAUACCCGCUAUUUCUGAAUCUUGCAAUAGGCGAAAGAGCUUGGAAAACAUUCAAGACUUAACAGUAAAUGUUGAUAGCAUUAUAGAAAUUAAUCAUGAAAAGCAAAGAUUAUUGCCAAGAAGCUUUUUGACAAGAAGGGAAAAUGAGGUUGCGUUUAAUGACUUCCAAUUGGACGCCAAAAAGAUUCUUGAAGAUUUGAGUUCAACUUCUGAAAACCCCUUCGGCUCAUUUAACUCUUCCCCAAGUACAAAUAUGGUUGAGUCAGAGAAGAAAAUAUUAAACACAGUUCCCAAAAGGAGAAAAGAGAAAAAAAUCCUGGGUGCGCUAGAAAAAAAACUAUAUUUGGAUGAAAAAUAA